UCUUUACGCUCGUUGUUGUUCUUGUAUAUUAUCAUUUUUAAUAUAUAAUUUUAAUUAUUAAAACAUACAUGGAAUAUCAAAUUGUGUAAUCAGUUGACUUUUUUUUCCUAUCCAUCUUCAUUGAAUCAUCGAUCUCGCUGUUCCUCCAAUCCCAGACAACAAUUUGCUUGCAGAAACUGGUGCAAGGCAAGCUCAUCCCCACGAGAAUGACAAGGAUCGCCCUGCAGCCUCCCGUUCUCUCCGCUUGCUCUAUCAUCAUGAGCAUCCUCUUUGCUUACUCUGCAUCUGUUCAGCUUAACGAUCCAGAUUGGUAUUUGUGGUUGCCUUUCUAUGCCUUUGCAUCCAUUGUCGAUCUCCUUUACGUUGGGUUCGCUGCAUCAAGAAGGCUGCGUCAGGUGGCCUCGCUGGUGCUUUGGGGCGGCGUUCUCCUUCUCGUGAAGGUGGUGGUGGAGGAUUAUGUCGACGGGUGUAGUGGGCUUUUGUCGCUGGACAUGCGCGAGAGGGUCGUGAGGGAGACGCUUGGGAGUGGACUGGUGGUUUUGUCCAUGAGCUUGCAGCUCAAAGUCUCUUCCAACGAGGGCGAGGUAGAAGAAAGGCAAAGCUCAGCGAGACUCGCUCAAUCUGGAAUUGUAGCCCUUGUGGCAGUCAGCAUCGGCCUCACCCUGCACUUCUUCACUAAUGUUGUCGAACAUAUGAAAAAGUUGUGAUUAUCUUACCAAAAAAAGCUAGUUCGAUCGACUGUGAUAUAACCCUGCUUUUGAAUCUGAAGCUUAAGGGUAAAUGGUGUUGUUCUCUGUGUA